AUGGCAACAAAGAGCUUUAGCGUAUCUGCGUCAUUUUCCAAAGGUUCAAGUGAGUGGACUGAGGUAAGUAACAGGGGCGAGAGGAGGAGACUUCAGAACAGGAUAGCACAGCGCAGAUUCCGGCAAAAGGCGAAGGAGAACAGAGAAAAAGAGAAUCGCGAACUGGAGAAUAAACAUCACGCCGGGAAUAUCUACCGCACUCCGUCGGCCUCAUACCUCAAAGCCAAUUAUGACGUAUCUGGACUACCAUGGGGCAGCUUGAAUUUGGACGUAGUCAGCCACAGUGGUCAUGUCCAUGAUGCACAGCAAGGCAUUGGGCUUGAUACAUCUAUCAGUGAGCCUCAUCAGACACUGUGUCCUGAUGUACCAAGCUUAGCCCCUUUCUCUGCGCCAAACAUCUUGAUCGGGGCUUCCUGCGAGACUGGCUGCAGGACUUCGCACAAUGACUACUCCCUGGCACCGCCCACCCUAGUCGAGGCAGUUGAAGAACCGGCUUUGGGAUUUGCGUGGCCCCACGAAAACAGCACAGAUUCCGCCUUCUUACCCGCAGACGGUCGUAAGACUGGUCCGUUCCUAGCACUCAUUAGAUAG